UGCAGCCAUGCCGGGCCUGCUGCUGGGCGACGAGGCGCCCAACUUCGAGGCGGAGACCACGCAGGGACGCAUCCGUUUCCACGACUUCCUGGGAGACUCAUGGGGCAUCCUCUUCUCCCACCCCCGGGACUUCACUCCUGUCUGCACCACAGAGCUGGGCCGGGCAGCCAAGCUGGCGCCCGAGUUCCAGAAGCGCAACGUGAAGAUGAUCGCCCUCUCCAUUGACAGUGUCCAGGACCACCUCUCCUGGUGCAAGGACAUCAACGCCUACAACGGGGAGCAGCCCCGGGAGGCACUGCCCUUCCCCAUCAUCGCCGACGCCAAGCGGGAGCUGGCUGUGCAGCUGGGCAUGCUGGACCCCGACGAGAGGGACAAGGAUGGCAUGCCCCUGACUGCCCGCGUGGUGAGUACCUGGCACUGCCGCCGGCCUGCCCUCUGCUGUGGGGCUGGGCAUGCUGGACCCCACAAGAGGGUCAUGCCCCUGACUGCCCGCGUGGUGAGUACCUGGCACUGCCGCCGGCCUGCCCUCUGCUGUGGGGCUGGGCAUGCUGGACCCCACAAGAGGGUCAUGCCCCUGACUGCCCGCGUGGUGUUUGUUUUUGGCCCGGAUAAGAAGCUGAAACUCUCCAUCCUCUACCCAGCCACCACUGGGAGGAACUUUGAUGAGAUCCUGCGAGUGGUGGACUCCCUGCAGCUAACAGCAUACAAGAAGGUUGCUACCCCUGUGGACUGGAAGCCCGGUGACAGCGUCAUGGUUGUGCCUACCUUGGCUGACGAGGAAGCCAAGCAGCUCUUCCCCAAGGGAGUCUUCACCAAGGACCUGCCAUCAGGCAAGAAGUACCUGCGCUACACCCCGCAGCCCGAGUGAGCAGCUCUGCCCGGCCCCCCGGGCAGCCCCAGCCUCCUGCCCCUGGCACCGCACCAGCAGCAGCCUCCUGCCCUACACCGGAGCUGCACCACGAUACUAAACCAGUGCUCCCCAUCCCUUUUGUCCCCUCCAAACCAACCCCCUGGGUGUUCUCUUACCUUGCACAGCCCCACAGGGAAGAGGUUAGGCCAGAGGGGGCUGCAGGGCUCACACUAUGGAGUCUCUCCUGCUUGGCACUGGCUGAGCUUUUCCAGGGGGUGUGGUGAGAAACACGGUGCCAGCAGCCAGGCCCAGGAGGGGUGCCCUGCUGGGCUCACACCUCCUGUCAGGGAGCUGCAGGGACUCCAAGCUGCUGCCUGCCUUCUGGAGCAGCCAUCACUAACACGUUAACACCUCUGGUCCCAUGUGUAGUGAAGAAGCUGCAGAGCCAGAUCUCACUUGUGCUGCUUUCUCAUCUCAUGCUGGAAGGGAAUUGUUUGCAGGUUUUAUGGAAGAGGGAAUAGGGCAAAUAAACAUUAUCU